AUGAGCCCCGGGCUGGCCCUAAGCGCCACUGCCUGCAGGGCGGAGCUGCUGCCCCACACGCACAGGCUCCAGGCGCUGCUCCUCGCCUCAGCCCCCGCGCGCCGCCACCGCCCUCAGCCAACGGCCACGCGCGCGCCCUACGCCCCACCCACGCCGCACGCGCUGACGUCACUUCCCGCGUGGCGCAAGAUGGCUGCGGGCAGCCGGUGGCUUCGGAGCUGCUGUUCCCUCUUCAGACGAAGCUUCCCUGUUGUGGCCAAUUUUAGGAGACGUUGCCUCUCAGGUGUGAAUGGACGAUGGCACCAAAUGGGCGUGGGGCUGGGAGUGGCCCUGUGCGCAGUCCCAGUUGUGGAGAAGCAGAACUCAGCUUCUCUCAGUAAUGAUGCCCUGAUUAAAAGAGCAGUUUCCCUGGUAACAGACAGUACUUCUACACUCCUCUCUCAAACAACAUAUGCAUUGAUUGAAGCAUUGACAGAAUAUACAAAGGCAGUUUAUACACUGGUGUCUCUCUACAAGCAAUACACAAACCUUCUUGGGAAGAUGAAUUCAGAUGAGGUGGAUGCGGUCUGGCAGGUGGUCAUAGGAGCCAGAGUUGAUAUGACAGCAAAGCAGCAGGAGUACCUAAGGCUGGAGUCCAGAUGGAUGACAGCAGUACGUCUUUCAGAGAUGGCAGCAGAAGCAGCAUAUCAAUCAGGAGCAGACCAAGCUUCGGUGACAGCCCGCAGCCACAUUCAGCUACUCAAGUCCCAGGUGCAAGAAGUUCGACAGCUAUCCCAGAAAGCAGAGACCAAGUUAGCUGAAGCUCAAACAGAAGAGCUCCUCAAAACUCAAGGAGAGGAAUCUUCAUUGCCACAGGAUAUUUUAGGGAGCACAGAGGCAGGUGAUGACCCUUAUCUUCGGGAAGACUGAAAAGAAGUGUCACCAAAAAUAGGAGAGUCACAAAUUGAGAGAUGCCAUAGUUUCAGUGUGAGGAUAGUGUGGGAAACUGCUGAAAUAAGUCUAUGAUUCCAUUUUCCCCAAAAAGGAUUGCUUUACAAGUCAAUGCCAACUAUCUAAAAGGCCUUGAUCUUGUUUGUAACUUAUCAUGUUCGUAAUACCUAUGGAUUCAAUUAUUUAAAUGUUGAACUAUGCAAAUGUGAAAGCUGCUGUCAAGGACAGCUUGUUGUUAAUUGUUCCCCUGCUGGGAGAGUCCUUCCCCUCAUUUGAUAUGUUUGUGAGAGCUCCCUGAUUUAAGAGACUGACUAGGUAUUGGCCAAAGAAGUGUAGUUAAAACUUAUUCUUUUUAAUGUGUGAAGUAAAUGAUAUCUGUUAGGAGAUAGUUUUAUUAAACUCUUGUGGGCAUGCCUGUUUGGAUAAGGGAUUAAGUGCUGUCUUAUAUUGAACUCUGAAGUUUACAACAGAGUUGAUUAUUGAGAGCUGCAUCACACAACACUUAAUUACAAUCAAUCAGGGGAACAUUUGCUGUAGUGCUGAAAACUUUCCAUUGAGUUACCGGGGCUGUUAGUGAAGUUUUGCAAUUCAGGAGUGCAACCUCUUAAGAGUCACCAACACAUCUGCUUUUCCCAGGAAACAAAGGCAGUUUUGAUUUUCAAGACACUGUGGUUAUAAACAAAUUUGUUGUAGUAGCUGCUGUGUGUAAAGAAUUACAUGGGCAAAAAAAGCAAGUUUAAAAUAUCUGAAUGCUUUUCAGCACAGGUUUCAGGAAAAUCAUCUCAGUUCCCUUUUUCUGCAAGCUUAAUGUUUCACUGCAGACUUCUAAACCACCACUUGUCCUUCACUGUGUUUUUCUAACUUACUGCAAAUUUCAUGUUAGUAACUAUAUAGACAAUGCAAACCUAAGCUGAGAUUGCUUUGUAGAACAGCAUCCAUUAGAACUUUUCCACUGCUAAUUUGAAUCAGACAAUCCCCAUUUUUAUCAGGUUUUGAAAGAAAACACACUAAUUACUGUUUUCUCACCACAAAGUAGCAUCUCAUGCACUUCCUGUGUGUCAGUUUUGGUCUUAAGCACAAGUGUGUGUCAAGCCCUUCUGUCUCAUUUUGCUGCCUUUUGACCAGAUGCAAUCUCAGCUGCACAAUACUGUAUGUUUAUAGAUUAAACAGUAAAGGAACUGUA